GAGCGCGCGUGCGGACUGCGCCUCCCAGAAUCCAGGCGGGCGGGGGCGGCGCGCGCAGACCGCGGGUCGAGGGGCUGCUCGGAACGCCCGCAAGACCUGGGCGGGUCUCCGCGCUCGGCUGAACUCGGCUGCGGGCUCUGGAGCUCCUCAGAGCCCGGCCUGUCCCGUGUGUCCAGGUGAGCAGUGUAAGGGGCCCGACCUGCCUUUCUUCUCUGAGGACAAGAAAUUUGAGGUCCCAGAAACACAGUGAAGAUGUCUAAUGAGCCACCCCCUCCUUACCCUGGGGGUCCCACAGCCCCCCUUCUGGAGGAGAAAAGUGGAGCCCCACCUACCCCAGGCCGCACCUCCCCAGCUGUGAUGCAGCCCCCACCGGGCAUGCCUCUGCCCCCUGCAGACAUUGGUCCCCCACCCUACGAGCCACCAGGUCACCCAAUGCCCCAGCCUGGCUUUAUUCCCCCCCACAUGAGUGCAGAAGGCACCUACAUGCCUCCAGGUUUCUACCCUCCUCCAGGCCCCCACCCACCCAUGGGCUACUACCCCCCUGGACCCUACCCGCCAGGGCCCUACCCUGGCCCUGGGGGUCACACAGCUACAGUGCUGGUUCCCUCGGGGGCUGCCACUACGGUGACAGUGCUACAGGGAGAGAUCUUUGAAGGCGCACCUGUGCAGACUGUGUGUCCUCACUGCCAGCAGGCCAUCACCACCAAGAUCUCCUACGAGAUCGGCCUGAUGAACUUCGUGCUGGGUUUCUUCUGCUGCUUCAUGGGGUGUGACCUGGGCUGUUGCUUGAUCCCCUGCCUCAUCAACGACUUCAAGGAUGUGACUCACACAUGCCCCAGCUGCAAAGCCUACAUCUACACGUACAAGCGCCUGUGCUAACGGAGCUGGGACUCAGUUUCCCCACCUGUCAGUCUGGUUCCCUGUGCUUCUGCUCCCUGUGCUCAUGUGGUUGCUUUCCCACUCCCACCUGGAGCUGGAAGCUACGCCACUGUCCCCGGAAGUCUUGUCCUCUUCGCCUUGCUGUGCCCCGAGCAUCUGAAGCUCUUCCAACAAAACUUGCCGUUGGAUUUAAGGCCAAGGGUCAGUGGGUGACGGGAUGGCACUGAGCUUGUACCGCUGGUUUGCUUGGUACUGUCAUCAGGAGAUAAGCUGGGAAGGUUCUCCCAUGGGGUCCUCCUACAUUUCCGUCCAAGGUACAGGUUCAGUUCUGACUUUCUCCCUGGGACCAAAAGCAGCCAGACCAGCCAGCAAUCCCUAGGUUGGGCCUGCAGUGGGGCUGUGCCUGCCUGGAGCCACAGUGGUUUUUGACCUGCUGGGCUGAAAGUAAGAGAGCCAUCUGGAGUCCAGCGGAGUUGUCUGGAGCAGAACAGGGUCAUGAGGUCUGGGUCUGGUUCCGAGGUGCUUUGUGCCUCUAGGGUGCGAGGGUAGUGUAUCAGAGAAAUGAUGACUGCCAACUCUGGUCUUCAGAACUCUCAGGUAUCCAAACCUAGGACCUCUAACACCCUGUACAAGUGCCCAAGAGCCACCUGGUGCAGGGAAGAGAGGACUCUGGGUGACUGGUCCUGGUAGCCAAGAAGGGACUCGCCUCUCACCCCACCCCCUGCUUGGUCUCUGGGUCAGUGUGCAGAUCCCCUUUCUGGCCACACUUCUGUGAACUCUUGUAUUUUCUGUGGCCAGAAGGAAUGCCCAUGAGCCUAACCCAUCGUGUCCUUGCUGCAUACAGGCUCAGCCUCUGCUUGGGAGGAAGGGCUUUCUCAGGGGUGGGUGGGUGGGUAAGUGGGGUCCGGAGGGCCCUCUCCAUCUCUCCAAUCAUUUUAUUGCCAGUAAGCUCCAUGCCCUCUGCCCCAGCUGACUCACCCUGGCUGUGGCUGUUUCCGCAUCAGGUGCGGCAGCAGGAGCAGCUGUGGCACUAGGCUGAGGACAGGCUGGGAACGAGGAAGUAGCAGCCACAAGUGGUAGGAGUGCCCUGGCAGACACCACUCCUGCCCUGGGCCUGAGCACAACCUUUCUUUCCUGAGUGGUUUGUUCAUGAACUUGCUCCCAUGGAUGCUCUACCCUGCUGCUGUCCCUCUCCUGGUCUCGCACUGCCACUGCAUGGCCUCCUGUCACUGUGAACCGCGGCCCUGUCUGUCUGUAGUUUCUCAUUAAAUUGGCUCCUUCACUCCCUUGCA